GAUGAGGCGGCAGUUUUGAAACAACAUCUGCUACAUGGUUACGAAUUUGUUUACUCCAAUUUUCGGUAUUUCUUUAAUAAAUUUGUUUAACGUUAAAGUAAAAUGCGAGAAAUAGUCCACAUACAAGCAGGUCAAUGCGGCAAUCAGAUAGGAGCAAAGUUUUGGGAAGUGAUCUCAGAUGAACAUGGAAUCGACCCUACGGGAACAUAUCACGGGGAUUCGGACCUCCAGCUGGAGCGAAUCAACGUCUACUACAAUGAAGCGACUGGGGGGAAGUAUGUCCCUCGCGCUAUCCUCGUAGACCUGGAGCCCGGCACCAUGGACUCGGUCCGGUCUGGCCCUUUCGGCCAGAUUUUCCGUCCGGAUAACUUCGUUUUUGGCCAAUCUGGAGCUGGAAAUAAUUGGGCCAAGGGACACUACACCGAAGGGGCCGAGCUAGUGGACUCAGUUCUGGACGUGGUGCGCAAGGAGGCCGAAGGGUGCGACUGUAUGCAGGGAUUCCAGCUGACGCACUCUCUCGGAGGGGGCACCGGCUCUGGACUCGGCACUCUUCUCAUUUCGAAAAUCAGGGAGGAGUACCCUGAUCGAAUUAUGAACACCUUCUCCGUAGUGCCGUCCCCUAAAGUCUCCGACACUGUCGUGGAACCCUACAAUGCCACCCUCUCCGUGCAUCAGCUCGUAGAGAACACAGACGAGACAUAUUGCAUCGACAAUGAAGCUCUUUACGACAUCUGCUUCAGAACUCUCAAACUCACCACCCCCACCUAUGGGGAUUUAAACCACCUCGUGUCGGCAACCAUGUCUGGGGUCACCACUUGUCUCCGCUUUCCGGGACAGUUGAACUCAGAUUUGAGGAAAUUGGCCGUGAAUAUGGUGCCAUUCCCUCGACUCCACUUCUUCAUGCCGGGCUUUGCCCCCUUAACAUCCCGAGGCAGCCAGCAAUAUCGAGCUUUAACUGUCCCCGAGUUGGUCAUGCAGAUGUUCGAUGCCAAGAACAUGAUGGCAGCUUGCGACCCCAGACAUGGCCGCUACUUAACCGUGGCCGCUAUCUUCAGAGGAAGAAUGUCCAUGAAGGAGGUGGAUGAGCAAAUGCUCAAUAUCCAAAACAAGAACAGCAGCUACUUUGUCGAGUGGAUCCCCAACAACGUCAAGACCGCUGUGUGUGACAUUCCCCCUCGCGGCUUAAAAAUGUCAUCGACUUUUAUUGGAAAUUCUACAUGUAUUCAAGAAUUGUUUAAGAGGAUUUCGGAACAGUUCACCGCAAUGUUUAGAAGAAAGGCAUUUUUGCAUUGGUACACCGGUGAAGGCAUGGACGAAAUGGAAUUUACGGAAGCUGAAAGUAACAUGAACGAUUUAGUCGCUGAGUAUCAACAGUACCAAGACGCCACCGCCGAAGAAGAAGGAGAAUUCGACGAGGAAGAAGAAGGGGACAACGAAGGAGAAAAUUAACACAUUUUGAAAAUUUGCAAGUUGAACGGUGUACUGGACCGAUUUAUGAUGUUAUAUUGUAUUUUUUUGUAAUAGAUAGUAAAUUUUUUAACACA